CUCGGUGUGACGGUGACUCGGUGUGACUCACCGGGACGCGCCGGGGUCCGCCACUUCCUACGGUUGGGUUUUUGAAAGGACCGGUUGGAGCCUCGCUCCGCUCCCGACCAAUCGGAAGUCAGUAUUUUUCGCGCUGGUCGGCCGCAGAGUUUGAGUUUCCCGCAAGCUUCAGACUGAAUGAAACCUCCGGUUUAACGGGAUGAACACGGCCUCCACCCUCCGUUAACCGCCGACAGGACACCCAACAGCUCGUCGAGCCUGGAGGGGGUUAGAUGGGAUGGACAGCAAAGGUAGUUCCCUGCCUUCCAUGCCUGAACCAGCCAACCCGAUCAGCAUGAAGCAGCCGCCAGAGUCGCUCAGUGUACGGAAAGGUGGGGGGGACAUGAGCAGCGACCCAGCUCUGUUAAUUGAUAAAGCUGCUGCCCAGCUGGCCGCCACACUACAAGACGGCGUCCUUCAGAAGGUGGCUGGCUACAGUCAUAACAACCACAGCCACGAAAGACUCAAAGACUUGACCUCUCGCGUGCUGAACGGGGACCAAGACACGCUGCCUAAGCUUUGCGCUCCGGAGCCGCCCAUGCUGAAGGGCGCCGAGGUCCCCGCGACGAACGGCACCCAUCAGCACAACUGCACUCCUCAUCCCGAACCCGAGCUGAAGGCGACGAUACCGCAGGUGGUCAAGCAGCCGCUGUUCGAGCCCUUCUGUGCCAACGGGACCAGUUUGUCCGCGACCACAGAAGAUACUAUAUCUGGAUCGGAGAAGAGACAGGACGCGAAGAAGAGGAGGGGGCGGCCUUACAAACCAAAACAUCAACCGAACCUCGGCUCCUCUCCCGUCCCCGCGGAGACACUCGACCACACAGACGCCGUGGACGAGACUGAAGCAGCGGAUGAGCCCGAUCUCAUCCCGGAGUUAACGGAGGAGGCUACAGAGGAGUCCACGGAGGAGUCUCCUCAGGUGUCUCCUCAGGAGUCCCCUCAGGUGUCUCCUCUGCUGACCUGCUUCUCUGUUGGUGAGCUGGUUUGGACCAAAGUGUCAGGGUACCCCUGGUGGCCUUGCAUGGUGACCACAGACCCAGAAUCCAACAGUCACUUCAAACAGAAACAGAAAGCGGCCAACAGCAGGUCAGGCGUCCUUUACCAUGUGCAGUAUUUUGGAGACGCCCCGGAGAGAGGCUACAUCUUCGAGAAGAACAUGGUGUCCUUUACCGGAGAGGAUCAAUACCACGAGCUCAGCCAGGGCAACAAACAGCCGCCGUCCCGCGUCAUCCACAAAAAGACGGCUGCUUCCGUGCCCCAUAAACUCCAGGCUCAGUGGAACAUGGGCGUCAUUCAGGCCAAGGAGGCCCUCAGCAUGUCACUAGACGAGCGCAUGGCGAACUUCGCAUUUCUGUACGAUGACGACGGGCCUCACCUGAACCCCCACAUCAUGGAGAAGUUGAAGCCAGAACAGAGCAACGAGCAGGAGCAGGAAACGGAGUCCAGGCUAAGCCCAGAUCUCCCCUCGCUGCUGGCCGACUCCGCCGUUCACCCCGCAGCCGCCCCUCAGUCCCAAGACAGCACUUCAUCAGGGAAAAAGACACAAGCGCCCAGAACGAAACUCAAAACGGGAGGAUGGCAGAAAAUUGGCAAAGGCCACUUAAAUGAUUUCCUGUCGAAAAAUAAAUUGAACGACGCGGUUUCUUCCAAAGCAGAGCUUCAUCCACAGUCAGCCUCACAGGAUGCCACCACUUCUGCACCAGAUAUUCAAGCUGAAUCAGUCAUACCUCAGAAGAAAAGGAGGAGAUCCAAACAGGCUCAGUCUCCCACGAAGACUGUGAGGAGGAGGAAAAAACCCGCAGCAGCCAACACCUCUGACCCCGCCAGCAAAAGGAAAUCAAAGCUUGUUUCUUCGACUGAAGAUGUUUCAGAACCGGUCUCGCUUCCAGUUUCAGUUCCAGUGAAGCGGGAGCGGAAGAAGACUUCUAAAAGGCCGCUCGCAGACGCCGCAGCAGACAAGGAUCAGCAGCCCAAGAGGAGACGUAAAACCAGCAAAGAUGCUGAAAAACAGGCCUUGACUUCAGAGGGAACAGAGAAAAAGCAGAGGAGGAGGAGGAAGAAGACUGACAAAGACCUGAAAGAAACCAAGCAGCGACGGAAAAAGUCGACCACGCUCCUCACUGAUGAUCAGGAUGCAGAGAAACCAAAACGUCGGAGGAAAAGGAAGCAGGAUGGAGAGAGCCAGGCCACGCCCUCCAAGGCAAAGAAGAGGCGGUCCUCGCCGUGUCCUGAUCCCGAGGGCUCGGGGAGUGAAGGACGUCCUGAUUCUCCAAGCGACAGCUUAGACGGGACGAAGAAAGGCGAGCGGAAGAAGGAGUUCGUCUGCCAGACGUGUGAACAGGCCGGUGAGGACCUGGUGCCCUGUGAAGGUCAGUGCUGUGGGAUGUUUCACCUCCACUGUCUGGGUCAGUCAUUCAAACCCGACGAGAAGCUGCUGUGUCAGGAGUGCAGCACAGGAAUCCACUCGUGUUUCAACUGUAAGCAGUCGGACGGCGCCGUGCGUCGCUGCCACGUCCCGCACUGCGGCAAAUUUUACCACGAGGCGUGCAUCCGCCUCAACCCGCUCACCGUGUUCGACAACAAGGGCUUCCGCUGCCCGCUCCACACCUGCCUGGGCUGCCACUACGGCUGCCGCACCAAGCACAAGGCCACCAAAGGUCGUUUGAUGCGUUGCCUGCGCUGUCCUGUGGCGUACCACGUCGGUGACCUGUGCGUGGCUGCGGGCAGUGAGAUGAUCACCAACACUGCCAUCAUCUGCACGAACCACUUCAACGCCAAGAAGGGCUACAGCCACCACAGUCACGUCAACGUCAGCUGGUGCUUCGUCUGCUCCAAAGGAGGGCAGCUGCUGUGCUGCGAAUCCUGUCCAGCCGCUUUCCACCCCGACUGCCUGAACAUCGCGAUGCCUGAUGGGAGCUGGUUCUGCAACGACUGCCGGGCCGGAAAGAAACCCAAAUACAGAGACAUCAUCUGGGUCAAACUGGGAACAUACAGAUGGUGGCCCGCAGAGAUCCACCACCCCAGAAGCAUCCCCACCAACAUCCAGCACCUUCGACACGAGAUCGGAGAGUUCCCGGUCUUCUUCUUCGGCUCCAAGGAUUACUUCUGGACUCACCAGGGCCGAGUGUUUCCGUACAUGGAGGGAGACCGAGGCAGCAAGCACCAGAGGACCGGCAUCGGCAAAGUCUUCAAGAACGCGCUGUCGGAGGCUGAAGUUCGAUUCAAGGAGAUAAAAAUGAAACGAGAGGCCAAGGAAGCUCAAGAGAACAGCCGGAAACCGCCACCGUAUAAAUUUAUCAAGGUCAACAAACCCUUCGGUAAGGUUCAGGUCUACACCGCGGACAUCUCCGAGAUCCCCAAGUGUAACUGCAAGCCGACAGACGAGCGGCCGUGCGGCUUCGAGUCCGAGUGUCUGAACCGCAUGCUGCAGUACGAGUGUCACCCUCAGGUGUGUCCCAGCGGCGAGCGCUGCUGCAACCAGGACUUCACCAAACGUCUCUACCCGGAGACCAAGAUCAUCAAGACGCCCGGCAAAGGCUGGGGCCUGGUGUCUCUGCGGGACAUCAAGAAGGGCGAGUUCGUGAACGAGUACAUCGGAGAGCUGAUCGACGAGGAGGAGUGCAGGGCGAGGAUCAAGUUCGCUCAGGAAAACAACAUCACCGACUUCUACAUGCUCACCAUCGACAAGGACCGGAUCAUCGACGCCGGUCCGAAAGGAAACUACUCUCGCUUCAUGAACCACAGCUGUCAGCCCAACUGUGAGACGCAGAAGUGGACGGUGAACGGCGACACGCGGGUCGGCCUGUUCGCCGUCUGUGACAUCCCAGUAGGCACCGAGCUGACCUUCAACUACAACCUGGACUGUCUCGGGAAUGAGAAGACGGUCUGUCGCUGCGGCGCUCCAAACUGCAGCGGGUUUCUCGGUGAUCGACCGAAGAACUCAAACGGCCAAGCGGCCGAGCCCAAAGGGAAGAGGGUGAAGAGAAAGUACAAGAAGAGGAAAGCGGAGGGGAAGAAGAAGUCUGAGGACGAGUGUUUCCGCUGCGGGGACGGAGGACAGCUGGUGCUGUGCGACAAGAAGACCUGCACCAAAGCGUACCACCUGUCCUGCCUGAACCUCACCAAGAGACCGUUUGGCCGCUGGGACUGCCCCUGGCAUCAUUGUGACGUCUGCGGGAAAAACUCGGAGGCCUUCUGCCAGCUCUGCCCCAACUCCUUCUGCAAGGUUCACCAGGAGGGGGCGCUGCGUCCCUGGCCCGCCACGGGACAGCUGUGCUGUUUGGAGCACGACGAGCUGGAAGGAACGGACAGCCAGGACCAGGACGUCAACUCCGAGGCCAACGAGACGACGACCGCCACUACUGCCGCCAUCGCUGGCCGUCCUCCGAAAGGCUCCAGGAAGGCGGAGGGAGCCGAGGCCAAAGCGAAGGGCUCCAAGAGGAAAGCAGCAGAGGCCUGACGUGACCUUUGACCCCGCUCAGAGAGCCACCACGCCAAACUAGACUCUGACAGCCGCUUCCACGUUCAAACACAAACACCCGCGUAACAAGAACCAAGGCACUGUACAUCAUCAGGGAACGCCGCUGAUCUCUCACACGCUCGCAGCUGAACUGUCCUUUUCGAUUUUUAGUUUUUAGUUUUGAACGUUUUCAGGUUUUCACUCGUCUGCACUGAGGCAUGAACCAUCUGUGGCAACGCACAACGCAGCGGAGCGGGUGAUUCUCACUUCCAUCAACCAAACAAAUCGUCUUUGUUUUGUUUUAUUAGAUUUCUUCUUUUUUUUUUUUGUUUCCUGCAGAGAAACUGAACCAGUAAAACACGAGCGUCACCGUCUGCUCACGUGAACCCGUCGCCCCCUGGAACAGCAGAGUUUUAUAGCUAUAUCUAUAUAUGUGUAUAACAAAGACCAAAACUAUGAUUACUGGAAUAGUGUAAGACGUCAAACAGGUUGCCAAAUGGAUUGUUUUUAUUUUUAUAUAUAGUGUAUAUAUGCCAGAUGUAAUAUGGAACACCAAGACACUAUGGAAAGGCCUCAGAUGACCUCUUUACUUCUCUUCGUAGCCAUAGGUUACAUAACUGUAGACGUUUGCUAUUUUACAGCCUGUCGUUUGUUCUAGUUCAGUUUUACUGUCGAGGUUUGACUUUAGUUUUUUUUUUUUUUUUGUAUCAGCAUGCUGAACGAUGGCGCCACAAACCGUUUAUCUACCUGCCUGUCCAGAGAUCAUGUGACUCCAGAAAGUAUUAAAGCGAGCGCGCUCUUACAAACUGACAAACACUACUGGGAGGUUUCCGAGGUCUCGAACGCUCGCUGCUUCACGUCAAACCCGAUAAAUGAAGGAAUCCUGUUUUUUAUCGUAAGGUGCUGUUUCUUCUUCCACGUCGACGUCAUCGUGCUGACUCGUUCUUUCAGUGACUUUUUAUCGAUGAUGAAGACCUCGACUUGAUUUAUUUUUUUGUUUUUGUUUUAAUCCUCAGGAGGUUUUUAGUCUCAAACUGCGUCCAAACACUCGCCGACAGCACGCCGGCUCACGCUGUGUAACCGCAGCUUUGGACAGUUUUCCACGUUUGUACUUGACAUGAAGCGUAACACACAAACUGUAGAGGACGGGCAGCGGCCACUUUAGGACUUCAAGCCUCAGCUGGACCUGUCAGGUCAGAAUAAUGACGGAGAAACAGAACAGAUCUGGAUGAUUGAAGUCAUCAGAGUUUAAAUGAUUAGUCGGUUCAUCAUGUCAUUGAUCGAUAGAAAUAUCGCGGUCCUGAUGUCGGUUUCUUCACCUCGUCUGUCGUCUGAUCAUGUCGGCGCCUUUUAGGACAGUUCUGUAAACGUGACAGACUUCGAGGUUUUCACCUUUUUAAAAAAAUCUUUGAGUCUUUUAAAGCGACGAGCCUGAAGCUGUCCUAAAGUGGCCACCGUGCUCGGAGCUUUGACUCGUUUGUUCGACUGCGUUAAACGUUAAAAGAGUUUUCAGUGAUUUUCUUUUUGCCGCUCUGACCUUCGACGUUCACGAGGCUGCAGACACGUCCUAUUCAAUCUGUCAACUUGUUCCUUGAAGCCACUACCCGUGCUUUUUCGUUCUUCCUCUGGAUCCAGACUUUCAACAGAAACCAGCUCAGAGUUGUACAGACACAACAGAUUUUUGUUUUGUUUUUUUAUAACUGCACCUUUUUUUAUGUUUUUUAAAGUGUUUUCGUUUUUCCCAAGUCGUGUGAACGCGACAUGUCCGGAGGUGCAGCAGGUCUCGUACGAGUAUUUUGACUUUGUAUGUAUCCUAACGUUGUGUUGAGUGAAUGUAGUCCAGCCAGUUAUUUUUGUAAGCACUGUAAUUCCCUGUAGAGCUGAAGUGUAACGUGUGCGUAAGGGUUUCAUUCUGUAACUACUGUCAUAGUAAACCAGAGACUAAUAUGUACAUAAUGUAUAAGUGGUAAUAGUGAUGCAUCUAUUGUAAAUAUCAUACAAUUCCUCUGACAUUGUAUGUUUUUUGUUUUUUUGGGGGUUUUUUCUUGAUGCAGUGCUGAAACACUUUUUGUGCAGGAUCUCACGUCUGUUGAAUCGUGCAAUAAAAAGUGACCAAACGUG